CAUUACACCACCACACCACAACACUAGAUAUUAGACACUCCGCACUGCACUCUCCUCCCACUAUUCCAGCUUCCUAAUCCUAGAUAUUGCCCCACAGUUAGCCUUACAGGCGAUUCCCCUCAUUGAGUGUCACUCACGAUCGUGCGCUGCCAUUUGAAUGCGCCGCAAUGCAAUCUGCAAUGCGAUCCUGCUGCCAUGCUGCACCGCGCGCCCCGGCCCUCGGGAAUGACGGGCACACAAUGCGUCGCUUUGACCAUGCCGCCUUACCAGGUAGAGACACAGGGAGAGCAGCAGCAGCAGCAGCAGCGGCAGCAGCAGCAGCUCGGCCGUUUCGAGUCAUCUCCGCGAGGCUGCCAAAAGCUUUUGUGAGGACUCAGAACACAAGGCUAGCAGCAAGACCGUCGCUUGCGGGGAGGUCGCGAUUGGCGGAGACCGCGCGACCCGCUGCUCCUGGUGCGCGAGUCAAGGCGCAGGCUUCCGCACGGCGGAGCGGAGACGGCGGCGGGGGUAGCGACGGGAGGGGGAGCGGAGGCGGCGGGGGCGGCGGAGGAGGAGGGGGGGAUGGAGGCGGAGGGGGAGGAAAGGAUAGCGGAGACGGCGGGGAUUGCGGAGGCGAAGGUGGUAACCAGCGGGAAUGUGGUUACUUAUUUCUUAUGAAGCUGUUUUCCGAUUGGUUAAACGCCCGUGCUUCUGCCCUCUCUCCUCUCCUCCACAACCGCCUAAGCCCUUUCCCCAGCGCAUUAUCACUCUCCGCAUUCCUCCUUAUCACGCUCCCCCUGCUCCUCUCCCCGCUCGCCCGCGCGGAAUCCGCGCUUCUCCGCCGCCCUGCGCCUCCCCUUGGGGCUUCCGCGCCCGCCAGUGAUCAGGAGGUGAUCUGGGAGCUGCAUGGUGACAGGUGGCGGCGCCUGAUUGGCGGAGACAGCAGCAGUGCAGGCAGCAGCGGGGGGAAGGACCAGCUAGUAGUGGAAGUUGAAGUGGAGGGUGAGGAAGCUGCUAACGCGUACGAGGAGGAACACGGACGCGUUAUAGAGGGGAUCGUUACAGGCACUGGGGACGCCAAGGGGAAGGGUUCAGGAGUUAGGGUUUUAGAGGGGGGGGAGGAGCAGAGCAGGGGGAGGGAUAUGGUGGCGCGCGCGGUGAGGGGAGUGAAAGCGGCGGUGGGGCGGUGGAUGUUACCAGAGGGUUAUCCGGAUAGUGUGACGCCUGACUAUAUGGAGUACACACUGUGGCGCAUGCGGCAAACAGUGGCGAGUGAAAUGAACCACGUGCUUACAACGCAGGCAAUGCUGUAUGCAGUGGGGCUUGGGAAGGGCGCCAUUCCAGCAGCGGCGGCGGUCAACUGGGUGCUCAAGGACGGCUUAGGCUACGCAGCCAAGGUCACUCUCUCGCAAUUCGGCCGCCGCUUCGACGUGUCGCCCAAGCGCUGGCGCCUGCUGGCUGACCUCGGGGAGAACCUCUCCGCCUCCCUCGAGCUCCUCACUGCCACCUUCCCGCAGUACUUCGUCCAGCUGGCCGCUGCAGCCGGGGCAGGGUUUUCUGCGUCGAGUCUUGUGCAAAGCGCCACGAGGAAUCGGUUUUAUGCCGGGCUGGCAGGCAGAAGAAACUUCGCAGAGGUGCUUGCUAGGGCAGAGGCGCAGGGCAUGGUGAGCAAGACACUGGGCAUGGCCCUUGGGAUUGCCAUCGCACCGCAUGUGGGCACCAAGGGGCCGCUGCUCUGGCUGACGCACAUCCUGCUCUCGGCCUCCCACCUCUACUGCAACUACCGCUCCUAUAAAGCUGUGCAGCUGCGCACCUUGAACCCCUUCAGAGCGGAUAUCGUCCUGGCCGAGUACGCGACCAAUGGCAGAGUGCCAGGUGUCAUCGCAGUGAACUCCCAAGAACCCAUUUUGCCACCCAUCUCCCUCAAAACCAUCUUCUCGCCCAAGGCAUCACCCCCGCCCCUCCCAGGCACGGGCAGCGAGUCUUGGAUCGAGUUCGGAGUGCCCUUGGCCGCAGUGGCGCACACAGAGAGGGAGGCCGAGGCGAUGGCUGAGAUGUUUCGAGCGGAGAAGUAUCUACUGGGAAGGGACGAGAGAACGGGGCAGAUGCAGGUGGUGCUGAAAGAAGGCGCCCUCCCCCGCGAUUUCCUCCGGGCUGCCCUACAAGCAGCGUACCUCCGCACACUCUCCCCCCACUCCCUCUGCCUCACCAUCCACUCGCUCCCGGCCCACGCACGCACACACGUCCAGGCGCGUGCAGCCGCCUUUGCAUCCUCUGGCAAACUGGAGGUGCUCCAUGUGUCGUAUGAUCGCAUGGCUGCGGGGUUUGAUGGGCUCUGUGAGGCUUUGAGGGCAAGUGGGUGGCGGUGCGACGAUGGGCUGCUGGCUAGACCUGGGGACUGGAGGCUGCUGACGGCGUCAGCAGACAAGAAGAGAUGAGGGUGUGGUGUGGGGUGUGCUGCGUGGGGGCAUGUUUUCAUGGCAAACAGGGGAUGCUGUGAUCAUGUAGCAUCUGCACUGCAUCUGCUGGUAGACUGGAGGUGCUCCAUGUGUCGUAUGAUCGCAUGGCUGCGGGGUUUGACGGUCUAUGUGAGGCUUUAAGGGCCAGUGGGUGGCGCUGCGACGAUGGGCUGCUGGCUAGACCUGGGGACUGAGGCUGCUGACACUGACAGCGUCAGCCGACAAGAAGAGUUGAGGGUGUGGUGUGCGAUGUUCCACAUGGCAGCAUGAGUGCGUGGCAAGGGGACGCAUGCCUGCUGCAGGCUCUGUGGAGGUGCCUUGUGGCGAGAGUGUGUUUGCCAUGAGUGACAUGCAUGGGAUGGGAGGUGUAGCGCUACCAUGGGAAGAUUCCUAAUGCACCAGAAUACGAGUUUGAGAUAGCUCGUAGAAAACGAACGAACUUUCUUCCAGUCUCGCCUUUUGUCGUUGAUGUUGCCUCGUCAUAUUCAAGGUGUGAAAUGCUAUGAGCCAACUGUCAAUAUAUAUUAUAUAUAUAU